UGUUCUGUGGUCCUGUCUAGAAAGAAAAUGAAAUCUGAAAUCUUGAAGCUUGGCAGAAGCAAAAUUAAAUUUCUUGACGUAAAUUCUAACCUCCUGAUAUUCAACUGAAUGAUUUUUUCUUGAUAUACGAAGCAAAAAUUAUCUAAUUUUCAUCUACUACAUUCAUUUUCGUAUCAAUCAUUGAUAUUUUAAUGUAACUGGAAUUUCAUACUGUUGUUAUUAUUUGGUUCAGUAUUUCCUAUGAUGGCUGGUAGAAAUCGCCAAGUACCCCACAAAAAUCUAACAACGAUCUUUUGGAAACUUCAGGGAGCAUUUUCGGAUGUUGUCAGUCAUCCUAAAUAUGUAACUGAUAAGCAAUCAUUGGACAAAACCUGGAAAUUGAUGGAUAGAGUGGUGAAACUGUGUCAACAUCCCAAGAUGAAAUUAAAAAACUCGCCCCCGUUUAUUUUGGAUAUUCUACCCGAUACCUACCAGAGAUUGAGACUAAUAUACUCGAAAUAUGAGGAUAAUAUAAGCGCAUUACAUAAUAUAGAGUAUUUCAAUAUAUUCAUUAUAAAUUUGAUCAGAAAAUGUAAACAAGCAAUUAAGUUGUUCAAAGAGGGUAAGGAGAAGAUGUUUGAUGAGAACUCCCAUUACCGAAGAAAUCUCACAAAAUUGAGCCUUGUAUUUAGCCAUAUGUUGAGUGAACUGAAAGCUUUGUUUCCUAAUGGUGUGUUUGCGGGGGACCAAUUCCGUAUCACUAAAUCUGAUGCUGCAGAGUUUUGGAGAAGUAGAUUCAAUAACAGCACUCUUGUACCAUGGAAAGUAUUCAAACAAGAACUACACAGUGUUCAUCCAAUUCGUUCAGGACUGGAAGCAAUGGCACUAAAAUCGACAAUAGAUUUGACCUGUAAUGAUUUUAUAUCAAAUUUUGAGUUUGAUGUUUUUACAAGGCUCUUUCAACCAUGGAGUACUCUACUGAGCAACUGGCAAGUGCUAGCUGUAACUCAUCCAGGCUACGUUGCAUUCCUGACUUACGAUGAAGUAAAGGCAAGACUGAAAAAAUACAUAGGAAAAGCAGGGAGCUACGUUUUUAGACUAUCUUGUACAAGACUGGGUCAAUGGGCCAUCGGUUACGUAACUCCCGAGGGUGAUAUACUCCAAACGAUACCUCAAAACAAAAGUUUGAUACAAGCACUGAGGGAUGGUUACAAAGAAAGAUUUUAUUUGUAUCCAGAUGGUAGACCUGUAAAUCCAGACCUGUCGUUCGCAGUUCAACCAACACCGGAAGACCACAUUGCUGUCACUCAAGAACAAUAUGAGCUUUACUGUGAGAUGGGUAGCACAUUCCAACUUUGCAAAAUUUGUGCUGAAAAUGACAAGGAUAUUAGAAUAGAACCUUGCGGGCAUUUGCUGUGUACUCCAUGUCUCACCUCUUGGCAAAUAGAUUCAGAAGGCCAAGGUUGUCCGUUUUGUAGGGCCGAAAUCAAAGGUACAGAACAAAUCGUGGUUGACCCUUUUGAUCCGAAAAAAUCCCACAACAUUCAAAGGAUUCCACAAAAUGCCAAUAAUGUGUGUAUACUUGACGAGGAGGACAUGGAAAUGGAAAUGUCGAAUGAUCAUAAUAUCCACAACAGUGCUCAUAGUUACGUUGAAUGACUUGGAGUACUAUCACAGGACCUACAUGUACUCUUGGCAAGGGCCAAUUUUAAAUUCUUCAUUAAAUGGGGCCUUAGACAGGUAAUGGUAACUUUCUCUGAGGGAAACCGGAUUAUUUCAUUCAUAUAUGUACAAAAUGGUUGGUUUGGUUUGAACGUGACUGCUUAGACGAAGGAGUUUAUAUCGGUAGAUAGCUGAUUCCUAAGGGUUCAUUUAGGUAUUAAGAAAGGUAUAUGUUGAGCAUUUCGUUGGAUUGAUACAAAGUACAAACUUCAUUUUUUUCUUUAUCACUUCUUAACUGCCAUCGUGAUACAUCUGUCCCAUUAGCUUCUUUUGAUUCUCACAUUAUAUGACUAUCAAAAAUAAGGGCUGAAACCAGUUUCUUUCAUAGAAAUUGUCUGUUCAGGAGUUACACAUAAUUUACACCCACACAUUCAAUUAUUGUAUCAAAGCAACCCUCAUUUCAUUUUUUUACAGUUCGCCCACAUGGGUGUCUUGUUAUAGUUUACAUAUCUUUUACAACUUUGGUUUGAAAAGGAUUUUAUAUUUCUGCAGCACAGACAGAUGAGGGGAAAUACUCUCUUUUUUAUUUGAAUAUACUGAAAUAACUCCUGAAAAUUUAUCAUCAAUAGAAAACAAGUAUUCUAAUAUUCAUUGGAUUACUUUUGUUUCUUUUAAUGAAUUGAUUUUUUAAAUGUUAAAUUUUUUUUUAUAUAAUUGUGUUUAUACUUUAAAACUUCGAACAUUUGGCGCCUUUGAUAUUUUUUGAGCCAUCAAUUUUUUUUGUUAGUUUAAACAUCGGUUCUUCAGAAUAUUCAUAUUAUAAAUAUUAUUAUUAAAGUUAAACAUCAAAAUGCAUACUUCUUCAAAGACUUCUGUUAAGAGAUUAGGUUUUAUGUCAAAAUAUACAGGAAUCCUUCACUUAUUGACAAAAAUUCUAUAUCCAAAAAAAUGUAGUAGUAAUUUUGAAUGAUAGAAUUAUUUAUUUCGCAAAAUUGCGUAUUUUUUGAGCUUAUUGAAAAAAUUCACGGGAAAUGAUCAUAUCAAUGAAAAUCUUCAUCAGCUUUGAUGCAAUAAAGGGAAUGGACAUAUCAGUAUUCAGAAAUUAUAUAUUAUUGGAUUUAAUGUUGAUCAACUUUAUUAUACUUGUUUUAACCUUAAAAGUAAUUGGGUAUAUGAAUUUCAUAGAUAGCUUUAUGUAUUGAAUGUAAUAUGAGUCUUUGAAGAAAUAUAUGAAUGAAUUUGAUUUUCUUAUCACUACAGCAAUGAAAAUUUUCGAAUUAAUUUUCUAAAUUUUCACCUUAACUUGCAAUUCAUUCACUUAAUUAAUUGCACAUAUAAAAUUUCGUUCACCUAAUUUUCAGGGUAUUUUCAACAAAACAAAAUGUUCAUUUCAUAUGUUUUCAAUAGCUGACAAAAACUAAUGAAAGCUAAUAGUAUAAGAACAUAAAAAAGUUAUUAAAUCAAAUUAUACAAAUGUGCCAUUACUUAAAACAUUUUCAAAGAGAAUGCCCUUCAGGUAAGGUGUUUUUAAUAAAUGUUUCUUUAGAAACUGGGCGUGAUAAAAUUCUUAGUGCAAUAAUUCUGUCCAACGAUAUGUUAAUUCAUAUAUGAUAUUUUCCAAAAAAAUUGUAAUUUGAAGAUAUCAGUUCGGGAUAUAUUUUAUUACACAUUUUUCAAAUAUUUAUUGGUUAUAGUUCGUCAUUUUAUAUAAAUGAUUUUUCUUUGGGAAAAGGUUGAAUAUUCUUUGUAUUAAGUAGAGUAUGUACCUUAUAGUAUCCUAUCCGAGGCCAGAAUUGAAUGGGUUUCAACUCUUCAAUGUUCAUGGGAAUAUGCAAUUUCGCAUUUAUUCUCACCUAUAAUGCUUUAAUUUUGAUAUUCUUUUUUUCCUAGGAUUACAGCUCGACAAGACCAGAAAGAAAUAAAUUGAAUUUGAACGCUGUUUUGAUAGAUCUUUGCAUAUUUCUUUCGUUUUUGUUGUAAUUCGGUCGCCAUAGAUGUGAAUUUUUUUCUUUCUGAUCUUUCCGUUUGCGAGCUAGGUAAUUACGAAAUAAUAUAGGUACUGAUAUUUAUUAUGCAACAAAUCAUUAAUUUAUUUUAAUCUCCUGAACACUGUAUCUAUAUUUUAUCAUUAUUAUCAUUCGUUAAUAAAUCAUCAAGAAAAUUA